GAUUGGCAGAGAGGGGUGGAGGACACUGAAUGGAGGCCAGUGGAGGGAUUGGUAGAGGGGGGUGGAGGACACUGAGUGGAAGUCAGUGGAGGGAUUGGCAGAGAGGGAUGGAGGACAAGGGGUGGAGAACACUGAGUGGAGGCCAGUGGAGGGAUUGGCAGAGAGGGGUGGAGGACACUGAGUGGAGGCCAGUGGAGGGAUUGGCAGAGAGGGGUGGAGAACACUGAGUGGAAGCCAGUGGAGGGAUUGGCAGAGAGGGGUGGAGAACACUGAGUGGAGGCCAGUAGAGGGAUUGGCAGAGAGGGGUGGAGGACACUGAGUGGAGGCUAGUGG